AUGCUUCCCAAAUUCACAAAAGCAUUCCGUGGGGCGGAAGAUGACCUCGAAAAGGCGCCUCGCGUGAACAAUGCUGGAGCCUCCGAAUCCAGCAGCAACGCCCAGUACGACAGCUCCAGCGACAAUGCCGUGCCGGGCGAGAGCUUCGAGUAUGGUAAUUCCACCUACGCGAAGAUUCAGCGAUUCGCAGGCAAAUUCCACAUCGAACAGCGAGGCGUCGAACGGGUCCCAGAGUCGGAGCGAACCGAUACCUCUUAUCUCAACAUUGGCAGCAUGUGGCUGGCCGCAAAUAUGGUCUCCAGUUCCUUUGCUAUUGGUGUCCUGGGGAAAUCCACCUUUGACCUGGGCUUCCUGGAUGCCAUCCUGGUGUGCCUCUUCUUCAACCUCCUCGGUGUGAUGACCGUGUGCUUCUUCUCGUGCUUCGGUCCUGCGUUUGGGUUGCGCCAGAUGGUGCUAUCGCGAUUCUGGUUUGGAUGGUGGGCUGUGAGAGCCAUCGCCGUCCUCAACGUGAUCGCUUGUGUUGGUUGGUCCGCUGCCAACGCCAUCGUCGGCGCCCAGCUUCUCAACGCCGUUAAUGGCGAUGUUCCAGGAUACGCCGGUAUCCUGAUCAUCUCCUUCUGCACCCUGUUCAUUACCUUCGCCGGCUACAAAAUCGUCCACGCGUACGAGUACUGGAGUUGGAUCCCGACCUGUAUUGUGUUUUGGAUUGUGCUCGGCACAUUCGCCCACUCAGGUGACUUCGUCAACAUCCCCAUGGGUGUCGGAAUGUCCGAGCUCGGCUCCUGCCUCUCCUUCGGAUCAACCGUCUAUGGAUUCGCAACUGGCUGGACUAGCUAUGCCGCCGAUUACACUGUAUACCAGCCCAAGACCCAGAGUCGCCGUCUGGUGUUCUUCUCCGCCUGGCUCGGUCUCAUCGUCCCGCUGAUCUUCACCCAAUUCCUCGGUAUUGCCGUGAUGUCUGCCACCUCCAUCGGCGAUGGCGUACACAACAAAUACGCAGAGGGCUAUGCCGCCUCUCAAAACGGUGGCUUGAUCGCCGCCGUGCUCGAGCCUCUCGGUGGCUUCGGCAAGUUCUGUCUGGUCAUUCUCGCUUUGUCCAUCAUUGCGAACAACUGUCCUAACAUCUACUCUGUCUCCCUGACCCUGCAAGUGCUGGGAGAGCGCACCCAGCGCGUGCCACGUUUCAUCUGGACCUUCUGCGCCACGUGUGUCUCCCUCGCCAUCGCAAUUCCAGGCUACUCCCACUUCGAGACGAUUCUGGAGAACUUCAUGAACCUCAUCGCCUACUGGUUGGCCAUUUACUCCGGCAUUGCCAUUUCCGAUCAUUUCGUUUUCCGACGUGGAUUUGCAGGCUACUGUGCCGACGAUUAUGACAAGCCCCAUAAGCUGCCUAUGGGCAUUGCCGCUUCUGUGGCGUUCUGCUUCGGUGUUGCCGGUGUGGUCGUGGGUAUGAGUCAAACAUGGUGGACUGGGCCCAUUGCUAGACAUGCUGGCGACCCUGCAGUUGGCGGCGACGUCGGCUUUGAGCUUGGCUUCGCAUUUGCUUCAGCGACAUAUUGCAUAUUGCGACCGAUUGAGAAGCGUUAUAUUGGUCGGUAA